CGAACCAUGGACAGUACUGUAACCAAUCACGAAUCCAACAUCCAAAAACUCGAGAUCGAAUCACCAUCACCAUCUCAUGAAGAUGAUCACCAAUUCCACUCCAUGAACGCGCUGGAGAUACUAAGAGAAACCGUACGGAUCCUCCGGUACAACCUCGUCGCCUUCAUGCUAAUCCUAACUCUCCUGAUCUGCCCCGUCUCCGCCAUCCUCUUACCAAACCUCCUAGUCGACCAAUCUAUCGUCAAUUCACUCACAGUACGUCUCAUCCUCCUCGCCAAAUCCUCCGGCCUCCCUCUCUUACCUUUCGUCCGAAACUCCUGUCAGAAAUUCUCCGAGACAGCCGUCUCCUCCGCCACGUGUUUCCCUCUCUUCGUAACACUCUCGCUUCUAUCCCGAGCCGCCGUUGUCUACUCCGUCGAUUGCACUUACUCGAGGAGAAGAGUCGUGGUCCCCAAGUUUGUUGUGAUCAUGCAGAGACUGUGGAAACGUCUCGUCUUCACUUACUUAUGGGUUUGUGUCGUGAUCGUUGUUUGUCUCACUUCCUUCUGUGUGUUUCUCGUUGCUGUCUGUAGCUCGCUCUACGUUCUCGGCUUCUCUCCUGAUUUUAACGCCUAUGGAGCUAUUUUAAUUGGUUUAGGGUUUUCGGUUGUGUUCGCGAAUGUGAUUAUAAUCUGUAACACGACGAUUGUGAUAUCGAUUUUGGAGGAUGUGUCGGGUCCACGUGCGUUGGUGAGAGCGAAUGAUUUGAUUAAAGGGCAGACGCAGGUUGGGUUGUUGAUUUUUUUAGGGUCGACGAUAGGGUUGACUUUUGUGGAGGGGUUGUUUGAGCAUAGGGUGAAGAUUUUGAGUUAUGGAGAUGGGUCUUCGAGGAUUUGGGAAGGUCCUUUGCUUGUGGUGAUGUAUUCGUUUGUGGUGCUUGUUGAUACGAUGAUGAGUGCUGUCUUUUAUUUUAGUUGCCGGUCUUAUAGUAUGGAAGCUGUUGAGGCUUUGGAAGCUUCUGGUGGUGGGAUUCAGCCGAUUAUGGAGAUGGUGUCUCAAGAUUUGUCUCUUCUCUGAGAAUGUCUUUCAGAUUUUUAGUUAUGUUCGUUCUGUUUUUUUUUUUUUCUGGUUUCUUGACACAAAGAUAGGGACCAAAGUGCAUACUCCCGUGA